CGGAGCUCUUCUUCCCACCCCCCUGAGACACCCCCCACCCGCCUUCCCAGGAUGCAGCAGGAGGUGGAGCCCCUGAGCUCCUCCACCCUGGGCACCCCCAGCCUGCACAGGGAAGCAGGAGCCCUCCUUGCGGACCUCGAGACCUCAGAAGAGACCCAGGCUUGGAGCCUGUGCAGGCCCAACAAGUCCUCGAGGCAGUACCUGCGCCAGGUGGUAGCAGAGUAUGAAACGCUGGACCGAGAGCUCCCGUGCAUCCGGAAGUUCCUCACGCCACCCGCUGCCCAGCCCCUCUGCCUGUGCCUGGAGAUUUUGCCUGAGCAGGACCUUACCCACCUAGAGGUGCUGGAGGCGCUGGAGGCCGAACUACCCGGGGCCAUGGAGAGCGGUAGCGUGAGCAGCAUCCGCUUUGAGAACAUGAACGUCAUCUGUGGGACCGCGGGGCGCAGGAACCGGUGGCUCAUCACCGUCUCGGACUUCCAGACCCGCUCGCGCCUGCUGCGCACGGGGCUCCGCCUCCGCGGGUCGGCGCACCCGUUCCAGCGCCACGACGAACUGCUGCUGAGCGAUUACCGCCUGCACCUCCGCCGCUCCCUGGUCCGACGGCGCAUGCUCGAGGCUCUGGGGGUGGAGCCGACCGAGGAAGACUGACAAGUGUGGGGGGGCGGGGCGGACUCUGGCUGCGCUUGCGCACCGCCUGGCCGGUUCAGGCUAUUCACCCGGAACCCCCUCCCCUCCCCGGAAAGGGGGCGUGGCCUCCCCAGGAAGGAGGCGGGGCCGGCUC